CACAUUCAUCACGUCCUGUGACUCUCUCCCGUCUGAGCCGGCCUUGUGGUUAGAACCCAAGGCUGAUGAAGUGCCGCCGAGAAUAAAUGCUCUCGUUUCCACUCCCCUUUCUGUCCCGACCGCCCUCCUCCUGUGCGAUCAGCGUUACCGCUUUCUUCGCUUCUCGGCAGAGAAGGCGCAGCUUCAGUUGCGGGGGCGGAGCACAAACCCGCCCGGACGGAAAAACAGCUCACCCAGGUGGAAGGCACCUCCACGAACGGGUGCGAAGCCGGCAAGGACUCUGGGCGGCUGGAAGAAGGUACCCCGCUGCGCCCUCAUCCUCUCCCGAAAGCUGUGGGAAGCGCCUCUCGGGGGGCGCGCGCGCGCCUGGCUAUGCACUCAGAGUCCAAAGCUGGAGGUGGGGGAACAGAAGUGUCAUAGGAUCCAGCUACAUUGAAGAGGAGCUGGCAUGAGUAAGAGUACCCUGGAGGGAGAAGCUGGGACCAGACUGAGCCACCAUCCUCCCCCAACCAAGUCUCUAGUUCAUACCAGAACAAUGACUUCAGAAGAAACAACUUGGCGUGUCCCAAUGAAAGCUAUUGGAGCACAAAAUCUACUGACAAUGCCUGGAGGUGUUACCAAGUCAGGAUACCUGCACAAAAAAGGAGGCACUCAGUUUCAACUCUUAAAGUGGCCACUGAGGUUUGUGAUUAUCCACAAGGGCUGUGUUUACUACUUUAAGAGUAGCACAUCUGCAUCUCCACAGGGUGCCUUCUCAUUGAAGGGCUAUAAUAGAGUAAUGCGAGCAGCUGAGGAAACGACAUCAAACAAUGUAUUUCCUUUCAAGUUGGUUCACAUUAGCAAGAAACAUAGGACCUGGUUUUUUUCUGCCGCCUCCGAAGAUGAAAGGAAGGACUGGAUGGCCUCAGUUAGGAAAGAAAUAGAUUACCACCAUGAGAAGGAGGAGACAUGCAUUGACUUAAGUGAUUCUGGUUCAGAUGUCGACAGCUUCUAUGGCUCAAUAGAACGACCAGUUAAUAUAAGCUAUUCUCAGUAUUCAACAGAAAAUGCAGAUUAUGACCAAGAUGAAGAUGAAGAAUACUUGCAGCCUGAUAAUGCAGAUGAUCAUAUGGUUUUCCCACCAGCAUACCCACCACCUCCUGUUCCACAAGUCAGGAAAACAUUCAGUUCAGAAACAAAAGUGCAUUCGUUCUCUGGCAAGUGCAGUGUUCCUGUGCUUCCACCGCCACCCCCCGCAAAAACCUUGCCUGAUACUAGACCUGACAUUCUUUUAAGUAUCAGAGGAGAUUGCAGAACAGAGUAUGAUGUGACACCCCAAGCAAUAUGUCGACAAGUAAGUGGGCCAAGAUCACCAGUGCCUCCAGUUCCUCUGGUCAGAAAACCCACCUGCCUCUUAAACACUAUAUCACCUGUACGUGUGCCACUACCUUGUGUGUUACCUGCUUCUGGAGAAUUUGAGAAGCUUAAAGAGCUAAAACUUUCUGCACAGUCCCUACCUCCACUGCCGGGUGGCAAGCCCAAAUUAUCGCAAUCUGUUGUGAAACCAGUGAACAACAAAUCACCAAGAGAUAAUAUUAAACCUGGACAACUGACACCAAAAGUACCACCUAAACCUCAAGUGUUUAGUAACAAACUACCUGUGCCUGUCUCCAAACCAGAGAAGCCUCCACCUCCACAUCUAUUAGGGUCUGUUUCUGCUAGGAGACUACCUCCAGAUGGACAGAGUUUCCGAGGUGCCUCAUUUGAGAAACCGACAUUGUCUUCAAAACCAAAUGUAUCUGAAGAUGGCUCUGAUGAUGACUAUGAAAAAGUUGAACUACCUAAUUCAGUAUUUGUCGAAACAUCUGAAUCCUUUGAAGUUGAAAGGAUGUUCAAGUCUGAAAACCCCACUGGACGUCCGAAAAAUGGGUUAUUCUGUGUUAGGAAUUCAUCUACAAAAACUGGAAAGGUGUUAGUUGUAUGGGAUGAAUCCACUGAGAAAUUGAGAAACUAUCGAAUCUUUCAGCAGGACUCAAAGUUUUACCUGGAGGCAGAUGUUAUGUUUGUGAAUCUUGGAAGUCUCGUUGAGCACUACUGCAGCCAUGUCUUGCCCAAUCAUAACAAUCUGAAACUCCAGUUUCCAUAUGGCUAUUCUCGACCAAGGUGACAGACAUUUAAUAAUGUAAAAUCAAGUACACUUCGUAAAUAUGGGGGCAUAAGUUAAAGUGUAUACCUUCUUUGUAAAUGAACCAUUAAUAUCCAUAUUGGUUUUGAUUCUCCCCCAUCCUGUACUUUCAUGCAAAGCCUGAACCCAUUUCAACUGCAGGUUUUUCAGAUUCAGUUGCUGUAUUCCAUAUAGUAAGCAAUAGGACACACUAAUAGAGGGCUGAUGUUGGUUUUGGUGUAAUGCUGUCUCUGCAAUCUUGAGUAUUCAGCAAAACUGCUGCUACACUUUGUAGAGUUGCUUACACCUAAGUAUGAAGCUGAAUGGAUAAUAAUGGCCAACUGACAGAACUACUAAGAGAAUUCUAAAAAGCAAAAUGCUAAUGACAACUCAGUAUUCAUUUGUUUUUCUUGCUGGCUGUUGAGUUGGCAGUAAUGUUUGAUGAAAAAUAUCACCAUAAUUCAUAAAUGAAUCUAUACAUGUGGGGGGAAAUGCUUAUUUCAUUUAAUGCAUAUAAAGCCUGCUGACUUUAUAUUAAAAGUGUAUCAUGUCCUGUUACCUCACAAGACUAAAAAUAGAAAUCUAUGCAAAACCUGCAACUUACUUAUAUAGUGCAUUCUUUCACUAUAACAUGUAACAAACCUGGAGAUGGUUUAUCUAUGAACUGCAAAACAGCCCUAUGAUGAAUUGUUUGAAACUGCCAUUCAGUUGAGAAUGAACUGUAAUAUUUGGAAACCCUGCUGUAAGGGAUAUUGGGGGUGGGGGGCCGUUUUGCUUUUGGUAUUGAUGCCAAAUACCUGAAUUUAAAUAAAUGAUUACCCAGAUGAUUAAAAACAUUAAUGCAAAGGUAUUACUAUGGUAGUAACUGUUUUUUUAAAAAUAUUCUGUUUAAUAAGAAAAGUAAGUUUUGAUGUCCUGUAUUUCACAAUAUUUAUAAUGUAGUUAUGAACUACGAUUCCUGUGAACCCAAAUGAUCUGGGUUUAAGUACAGUUUUUGAAUUGGGUAUCUGUAUUAAGUUCUGUGACAUCUUAUGUAUUAUUAUCUGGUCCAAUAUUCAGGUCAUUGGUUCAUUAAAAUAUCUUCCAUUAUAUUUUCAUUGGAAUCCUGUUCUUCAAGACAUAUAGAUUAUGAGCAUAGGUCUUGAAGACAGACCACUUUAUGCAAGUUAUGCAGAAUAUCAUAACAAGGAAGACUUUAUGUUAAGUGCAGAAUACAGAUGCUUUGAGGGGUUAAUUCAUUUCUCAAAUAGAUUGUUAGCCCACAUGACACUUUAGUCUUGGCCACAACAACAUAACUACCUGAACCCUGGCUGUCAGUCCCUUGUAACCAAGUUGGUGUAUCAGACUGAAGGAGGAAUGGAGUGCUCAGCCAUAAUCCAGUUGUGAAACUGAUUCAACUAACCUCUCAUGUGCAAAGUCUAAACACCAGUGAGGUGAUGGCUCAGGUAUAAAACAUUUUCUAAGUUACUUAAAACAUGUGCGUACGCAUGUAAACACACAAUUGCACAUUAUCCCUAUUUAAGAAUCAGGAAACAAAUUUGUUUUUGUUUUUUAAACUGUUAUGUCUUGUCUUUGACAUAUACAAUUGAACUGAGCAAAACUCCUAAACACUGGAUAGUAUGUGCAUUAUAUUGCAAGUGUGAGCUAUUUGUUUUCUUGUUGACUAAUUUCAUUGUAAUUAAAUCUAUAAAUGUAUAUUCUUUUGAUGGAAAUACUUCUAUGGUUGAUGUGUACCAAUAAAUAACUUAUUUUUUGAAA